GCCCAGAUGAAGGAAAUGUCCAACAGCAGCUCCAUCACCCAGUUCCUCCUCCUGGCGUUCACAGACACACGGGAGCUGCAGCUCUUGCACUUCGGGCUCUUCCUGGGCAUCUACCUGGCUGCCCUCCUGGGAAACGGCCUCAUCAUCACUGCCAUAGCCUGUGACCACCACCUCCGCACCCCCAUGUACUUCUUCCUCCUCAACCUCUCCCUCCUCGACCUUGGCUGCAUCUCCACCACUCUCCCCAAAGCCAUGGCCAAUUCCCUCUGGGACUCCAGGGCCAUCUCCUACACAGGAUGUGCUGCCCAGCUCUUUUUCUUUCUCUUUUUGAUGUCAGCAGAGUAUUGUCUUCUCACUGUCAUGGCCUACGACCGCUACGUUGCCAUCUGCAAACCCCUGCACUACGGGACCCUCCUGGGCAGCAGAGCUUGUGCCCACAUGGCAGCAGCUGCCUGGGGCAGUGGGUUUCUCUAUGCUCUGCUGCACACGGCCAAUACAUUUUCCCUACCCCUCUGCCACGGCAAUGCUGUGGACCAGUUCUUCUGUGAAAUCCCCCAGAUCCUCAAGCUCUCCUGCUCAGAUGCCUACCUCAGGGAAGUUGGGCUAAUUGUGGUUAGUGCCUGUUUAGUCUUUGGUUGUUUUGUUUUCAUUGUGGUGUCCUAUGUGCAGAUCUUCAGGGCCGUGCUGAGGAUCCCCUCUGAGCAGGGACGGCACAAAGCCUUUUCCACGUGCCUCCCUCACCUGGCCGUGGUCUCCCUGUUUCUCAGCACUGCCAUGUUUGCCCACCUGAAGCCCUCCUCUGUCUCCUCCGCAACCCUGGAUCUGGUGGUGUCAGUUCUGUACUCGGUGGGACCUCCAGCUGUCAACCCCCUCAUCUACAGCAUGAGGAACCAGGAGCUCAAGGAAGCAGUCCUUCAACUUUUGUCUAACAUUUACAUUCCGCACUUAAUGCAGUUGUCCGCACAGAGGUGGCCACUGCAGCCAAGAAGCCCUGUGGUAACUGAAGCACCCCUGUGGGAAAAGUGA